AUGUGCUCAGACUUUCCUCUUUUCCCUUUCGUGGCUGGCUUUGGUACGGAUAUGAGGGUGCCUUCUCCGAGGCCUGAGAAAAAUACCGAUGAGAAUGGACAUGUCACGACGGAGCCCCAGCUGCUUCCAGCAUCGAGCUUCGCUACACUUGCGGGGGAGGGUAGGUCAGAAGAGGUGCCUUCGUCUCCGUCGCCGUUUACUGACCCCUUGGUCAACGGAGUGGACUUAAGCCCACUGACACCCCUAAGCUCAAUACCAGCUCUGGAUCCAGCUCUGGAUAGGAUGGAUCAUGACGCUCAGAUCACAGCAUUACCAGAUCUAUCGCUUGUCUACCAGCCAGAUCGUUUAGAGAAUUUAGGAGUACCCGAAGAGAAUACCCUAGCCAUGCAUCCUCAACUGGCUCCAAUACCUGAGGAGACGACUGAAGAUGACGCAGAAGAAUAUGCCAGAGCAAUACGUUCCCAUUCCAACUUGAUUGCAGCAUCGAAUACAACUCCUUCGCCUUUACUAGAUGUGUCUCACACAGUAGAACCGGCGGCGUGGAUACCUUUAGCGCCUUCAAUAUCAACAGAACUCCCGGUCCAAGCUCAUGCAGCACCACAAAGCUUCCCCGAAGCCCAAUAUAUUUCCAACCAUGCUAUACCCACAUCUUCUAAUACCCCAUCAUACUCAGAGGACUUAGGAGACUCAUCCUCCGCAGCAUCAACAAACGGAGAAGGAAGCUCCGUAUUCGACGACGACGACGACUACUCCGACACUUCCAGCUACACCGCAUCUCUCCUCUCCUCCGUCAAGAAUUACGCCUAUGAAAACGGGCGAAGAUACCACUCCUACCGCGAAGGCCACUACGUCCUCCCCAACGACGAACAAGAACAAGACCGACAAGACCUCCUCCACCAUGUGCGCAAUCUCGUCCUAAACGGCGCUCUCUUCCGCGCCCCAGUAGGCAAAGACAUCCAGCGAGCGUUAGACAUCGGCACAGGUACAGGAAUCUGGGCCAUCGACUUCGCCGACUCCUUCCCCAGCGCCGAGGUAAUUGGCACCGACCUCAGCCCAAUCCAACCAUCCUGGGUCCCGCCCAAUCUCCAAUUCCUAGUCGACGACGCCGAAUCCCCCUGGCUCUACAGCGCCGCCCGCCCGUUUGAUUUCAUACACGCGCGCGACCUGGGCGGGGCCAUCGCUAACUGGCCGCGGCUGCUGCACCAGGCCUACGACCAUCUGCGUCCUGGAGGCUGGGUUGAAUUGCAGGAGUUCGAGGUAACGCUCCGAUCGGAUGAUGAGUCGUUGCGUCUGGCACCGACGUUGUGCGAAUUCCUCGGUCAGCUGCAUGAGGCCAGUGAGGCGUUUCACAGGCCUAUGAAUAUCGCCGAAGGACAUCGGCAGCGACUGGUCGAGGCCGGUUUUGAAGAUGUUAGAGAUGAGGUGUACAAGGUUCCGUCGAGUGCUUGGUCGAGGGACCCUGUACAAAAACAGAUUGGGAGGUAUAAUCUGUGUUCCCUUCUGAUGGCCGUUGAGUCGUAUUCGCUGGCUCUGUUUACUCGAGUGCUGGGAUGGUCCAAUAAUGAGACUCAGGUAUUCCUGGCUGGUGUACGGAGGGACUUAAGGAAUCCGGAUGUCCACACGUAUUGCAAUCUGCACAUUGUCUACGGCCGGAAGCCGUGGUAUCGGGCCAACUGA